UCUAUAUUUACAGGAAAGUCAAGGUAAACAGAACGAGGCAAGCACUGAAGUGAAUUCUGGUGAAGUCCAUUUCUCUUUUUCCAACCAGUCACCUGCAUCUCCACAUGAACCGACUUCUUUUAUGCCAAUAAUGAAUGAUUGUCAUUCCCCAACCCCCCCAAACUGGUCACCUGCUCAUUCACCUGCACACUGGUCACCUGCUCCUUCAUCUGAUCCUUCAACUGCACAUUGGCCACUUGUUCCUUCACCUACACAUUGGUCUCCUGUUCCUUCACCUUCUCACACACAUCAGUGGUCACCCGAGCAUUCUCUUCCCACUCAACCUUCCUCUCUAACAACUGACAGUUGUGAAAUGAUUUCGACACAAGUUGAUCUGCAGAUGAUUUUGAAGAAGCUACAUGACAGAGUUGAUCUCCAAUGUAGUCCCAUUAGCAAUUAAAUUAAUGUUAGUCGAGGCAACAUUUUACAAGGUAGUCUGCAAGCUUUUAAAAGAAAGCGCUUUAAACCAGAAGCAAGGCUGGAUGUGAUUUUUGUCGACUCUGAUGGGGUUGGAGAAGGAGCAGUAGAUGAAGGUGGACCAACCAGGGAAUUCCUACGCUUGCUGAUGAGGGAAAUCCAAAUGUCAAAAAUAUUUGAAGGACCAGAAGAUAACAGACUACUGGGUCUUGAUAAUCAUGGUGAGGGUUAUCUUGUUUGCUUUUUAUAUUUUGUGUGUGUGCGCGUGUGUGUGCGUAUGUGUGUGCGCGUGUGUGUGUGUGUGUGUGUGCGUGCGUGCGUGUGUGUGUGUGUGUACAGUGGCAAGAAAAAGUAUGUGAAACACUACAAAUAAACUGGUUUUACAUAGUGAUUUACUAUAAAAUGUGAUCCAAUCCUCAUCUAGGUCACAACAAUAGACAAACACAAUGUGCAUAAGCUGACCACACACACACACACAUAGAUAUAUACAUAUAUUUAUAUGUGUAUGUGUAUAAUGUAUGUAUAUGGGUGAGUGUGACACAAACUAAUGCAGGGUUAAUUGUAACACAGCUUUACAUAAUUAACAUUUAUUAAGGGCCGAGCAAUCUGUGCUUUUGGUCUUUUACUGUCAGAAGAUCUGUGAAUGCGUUUUGGUUAAGAUAUUGAACAAAGAGUGUUUUGGAGUUAUUUUGAUUUUUGAGUUGUAACUAGUAACUGAUAUCUGGGAUUGAAACCUUUUUACACAGCGGGAUUAGUUGUCACACAAUUAAGCCUCAGGUAUACAAUGAUAAUGAAAUGAAAACAAUUUAAAUACUAUUCAUCAAGAUGAUAAUUGUUAAUACAAUAUCAGGGGAAAUAACUCGCUAUUAUGAGUUGUGGUCUUAAUUGUGCAGCCCUUUCAAUAAAAUCUAUUUAUAUGCAUUCACUCUUUGAAAGGAUGUGCUAUCUUUUUACACAUCUUUUCGUGUUAAGCUUUUAACACAUUAUGUUUUAUUUUAACACAUUAUGUGUCAUUUUGUGUUAAAAUAUAACACUAGUUGUGUUAAAAAUAAAACAAAAUGUAUUGUUUCAAUAAUAACACAGAGAUGGGUGGAUUCAGUAAUGUGUUGUUUUUAACACAUCCAUUCUAAGAGUGUUGAUACAAUGAUGGUUAGAUGAUGGAUAAUGGAUGGAUGAAUGUGAGGAUAUCUAUCUAUUAUAGGCAGAUAUAUAAACAUUAUCCACCUUUAGUAUAUAGACAGAAUUUAAUUGAAUUAUUUGUGUUUAAACUACAUUUUCUAGCAGGUGUUACAACAAACCCUCUGUUUGUUACAAUGAACCCCACCUAUGGGGUAACGUUUGCACUCCUGUAACUUUCAGUGUAAUUGUACGAUAACAGUCAAUCCCACAAGCAAAGUGUUCAUUUGUAGCAGAUAUGUGUGUAUUGAUUGUGUAAAAAAUUAUUAAUCUAACUGAAAUUUUUCGAAUGAUAGAGCCAAAGCCAAAAAGCGCAUGUUUAUGCCCUGCUCUCCCCUCCCCUAUAUAUAAAUUUUGUAUAUGUUUUUCAGCACUCGAGAAUGGCUUGUACAUGGCCAUUGGAAAAAUGAUUGCAGUGAGCGUAGUUCAUGGUGGAGUUGGCCCUCGUUUCUUUUCUAUUCGUCUCUUUAGGCAACUCUGUGGUAAAUGUACACUUCCUGUCUCCCUUGAGGAAAUAGCAGACAUCAGCUUCAGAGAAAAACUCUCAAAGAUUAAAGAAGCAGACUCUGUUGAAAAAGCUAAUUCAGCUAUCUCAGAUGCUGGGGACAGUCUGAACAUGAUGGGAGCACUUAGGUACGUCUCAUCUCUUAAAGAGAGGGAUUCGCUGGUCCAAUCUGCAGCAGAAUACUUUGUGAAUGGGCGGACAAAUUUGGCUCUCAGACAAUUUGAAGAAGGUUUCCAAACUCUUGGUGUGAUUGAAGAGCUCAAAAAUUAUGCGGACAUCUUGGAAGACCUGUUUGUCAAUGCAGUCAGACCACUGGAGGCAAAAGAUCUCUCCACUCUUUUCGAAGUGGACUUAUCACCCCUUGGAAGCAACAAAAGGCUGCUGGAAAGUAAGAUGAUCUGUUUCUGGAGAGACUGGUUGAUCGAUGUAGAAGGUAUGGGUUUUAAUGCUUUAUCAAUGCUUUAAGAUGUUUUAAGGCCAUG